CACCACCCGUUGGCAGGACUCGUUCAUAACCAUCGGAUCGCACGAUACCUGCUCGCAUCCACCGUUCGUUCAAAAUCCCACUGAGACGACCGAAGGGGGAGAGGGGGGCGAGCCUCAAAUCUCGCCGCCGCCUCGUUUCGCGACCCCUCUCUUCCCCGAGCAAGAAACCCUAGCGCCGCCGCUCGCCGGCGAUGGAGGCGCCGGACGAGGAGGCCGGCCUGGGGCUCCCGGAGGGCGAGCGGCUUCUGGAGGUCACCAUCAUCUCCGCGCAGGGGCUGAAGCCGCCUUCUGGACUUCGGCGGCGGUUGCAGGCGUACGCCGUGGCGUGGGUUGACACCGCGCACAGGCUCCAGACGCAACCCGACCGCUCUGGCGGCCCCGAUCCGGCUUGGCACGAGCGGUUCCUCUUCCGCGUGCACGAAGCCGCGCUCGCCGAGGAUUCCCGCGCUGCCGUCACCGUGGAGAUCUACGCCUCACCGAACGGGGCCUGGCACAUCGGCGGGGACUCCCUGAUCGGAUCCGCGCGGUUCCUCCUCGGCGACAACUGCCUCCUGUCCCGCCCCGUUGGGUCCCCAGCCAUGUUCGCCGUCGGCGUCCGACGCCCCUCCGGCCGCGUCCACGGCCUCCUCAAUGUGGCUGCUAGCCUGGUCGCUGCGCCGCCCUCUCCGGCGGCCUCCCACGCCCUCAGCUUCUCCCCCGCCGUCUCUCUCAGCGGCCUACCCCCUGCCGUCGCCAUCAGCAGCCUCUCCACGGCGCCCAUCUCAGGCCGCGUGCUGCGCGUCCUCAACCGCGCGCAUCCAACACCCCCACCUUCUCCUAAGGUGCUCACGCCCAAGAAGCUGCAGGCCUCGGUGAAGCCCAACAAUAAGGGAUCGGACAACCAGCAGGUCGCGGUGAAGCCAAGUAACAAGCGUGAAGACGAUGCCAGCGAUCAGGAGGGGGAGGAUGAGAACACGUACAUGGGCGGGGUGAUGUUUUGCGGGCCUUGUGUCUUACCAUUCCCGAGAAAGAUUCACACCAGCCCCUCUGACGAGAACCUGCAGGCCUUCGCUGGCAUCUUCUCUAGCGGUGUUGGCAUUGCCAGACGGAGCCCGAGCCCUCGGCACUGAGCCUAUGCAAAACAGGUCAGCUUGUCGGCCGGUCACGGGUUCGAGUCCUGGAAACAGCCUCUUGCAGAAAUGUAGGGAAAGGCUGCGUACUAUAGACCCAAAGCGGCCAGACCCUUCCCCGGACCCUGCGCAAGCGGGAGCUACGUGCACCGGGCUGCCCUUUAGGUCAAGCUUGUCGGCCACUCGCUACAUGGCCAAUUGGCAAUUCAUGUUUGGUUCUUUAUUUACUUGCUGAAAUGCUGUAUUCCGUCAUGUGAAUUUCAAUGCAGAACACUAUAAUAUCUCAAUAGUCUGGCGUUGAUAGCAUCGCUGGUUUGUCACCCUCAA